CUGUUGGCUCUGGAGACAAGACUUCUGCAUCCAACCAAUCCACCAUCCUACUCACCACCAUGCCUUACAAUUGCUGCCUCCCCAGCAUCAGCUGCCGUACCAGCUGUGCUUCCAGGCCCUGCCUGCCUCCCAGCUGCCAUGGCUGCACCCUCCCUGGGGCCUGCAACAUCCCCGCUAACAUAGGCACCUGUGGCUGGUUCUGUGAAGGCUCCUUCAAUGGCAAUGAGAAGGAGACUAUGCAGUUCCUGAAUGACCGUCUGGCCAACUACCUGGAGAAGGUUCGGCAACUGGAGAGGGAGAAUGCCGAGCUGGAGUCUAGGAUCCGGGAGUGGUGCCAAGAGCAAGUUCCCUACGUGUGCCCAGACUACCAGAACUACUUCAGGAUCAUUGAGGAGCUCCAGCAGAAGAUCCUGUGCACUAAGGCAGAGAAUGCCAGGCUAGUGGUUCAGAUUGACAAUGCCAAGCUGGCUGCUGAUGACUUCAGAACCAAGUAUGAGACUGAGUUGUCCCUGCGCCAGCUGGUAGAAUCUGACAUCAAUAGCCUACGCAAGAUCCUGGAUGAACUGACUCUGUGCAAGUCUGAUCUAGAAGCCCAAGUGGAGUCCCUGAAAGAAGAGCUGAUCUGUCUCAAGAGGAAUCAUGAAGAGGAAGUUAACACCCUGCGCUGCCAAAUUGGAGAUCGUCUCAAUGUGGAGGUGGAUGCUGCCCCAACUGUGGACCUCAACAGGGUGUUGAAUGAGACCAGGUGUCAGUAUGAGACUUUGGUAGAGAACAACCGUAGAGAUGUAGAGGAGUGGUUCACCACUCAGACAGAGGAACUGAACAAGCAGGUGGUGUCCAGCUCCGAACAGCUACAGAAUUGCCAGGCAGAGAUCAUCGAGUUGAGACGCACUGUCAACGCCCUGGAAAUUGAGUUGCAGGCCCAGCACAACCUGAGAGAUUCUCUGGAAAAUACCCUGACAGAGACUGAGGCUCGUUACAGCUCCCAGCUGUCCCAGUUACAGUGUAUGAUCACCAAUGUUGAAGACCAACUGGCUGAAAUCAGAGGUGACCUGGAGAGGCAGAACCAAGAGUACCAGGUGCUUCUAGAUGUUAGAGCCCGACUAGAGUGUGAGAUCUCCACGUAUCGGGGUCUCUUGGAGAGUGAGGACUGCAAGCUUCCCUGCAACCCCUGUGCUACAACCAAUGCUUGUGGAAAGCCCAUUGGUCCUUGCCCAAUCAGUAAUCCUUGUGUCCCCUGUGCCCCCUGUGUCCCCUGCACACCCUGUGUCCCUCGUUCACGCUGUGGCCCCUGUAAUUCCUUUGUGCGCUAAAAGUUGUAUUUACUGCUCUCUCCACUGCCUCAGAAUCUUCCCAAAACAAAAGAGACACACUCCUCCGCAACUUCCUAAUAAACUGACUUUCUUUUGGCAAAGCAAA